CAAGACCCAACUGGCAACACUGCCACUGGGCUUCAUUUGAUUUGACGUUUAUGGUUGAAAGUAAAUAAUGCUAUAAAUUUAUUUAAAGUUUUAAAUAGUUAAAGUUUUACUAAAAAAUAAAGUCAUUUUUAUGAGUAUGGUGUACACAGAAGAAUAUCUCAAAGAGAAGCUCAUCAAAGAAUUGGACGCCGUUCACGUCGAGGUGAGGGACGAGAGCGACGGCUGCGGCGCCAAGUUCUCGGCGCUCGUCGUGUCCGACCGCUUCGAGGGCAAGCCGCCGCUCGCGCGCCAGCGCCUCGUGCACGCCGCGCUGCGCGACGAGCUGCGCGCCGUGCACGCCUUCUCGCAGCGCACGCUCACCGCGGCGCAAUGGCGCGCGCGCCCGGCGCCGGCGCCGUGA